CAAAUCACUGAAGAACUGGCUCUACUCCGUCAGGACAGCUUCACCACCGACCCUUCGCCAACUGUUGUCGGUGUACCUUCGACAAUCGGGCUCCACGGUCAUGACAUGGAUCUGAUUCGAAAGUGCGCUCAGGAUCGUGCCGGAAUUCCCACACGGCCUGUCCCCUCCACACGAAACCAAGCUGGCUACAUUCUGUCUCCUCAACAUACCAAACUGCCUUGUCCAACCAACAACCGAGAUUCCUGCCAGAAGCAUGCUGGCCGGUCAGAUCACUUGUCCGAUCUGGGAUCUGUCAGGAUGACCCACCAGUUUUCCUCUUCCACGACAGACCGACAUCGCUCUCUUGAGCCCAGUCGACAUGCUCCAAGCCUUGCUCCGCAGCAUAUGACCUCUAUUUCAGGCAGUGUAGCCUUGACACCCGUUGCAUAUACCCCUUCACUAAUGCCCACCAAUGCAGGACAGCUUCUGGAAGGGUAUGCUAGGCCUACCAAAUUCUCCCUCUCUUCAGGCCAUAACAAGUCCCCGGCUGCCUUUUUGCGUCAGCCUGGAGAUUACGCCUCUAUAAGCCAAAAGGUGGUGAAUUUUCCCCCAAUCAUACGAUUAGACCUUAUUCUACGAUUGAGUUUUACAUUGCCUUGCUUCCCAAAAGGUACUCUUAUCCAGGAAGGAGAACACUACAUUUUCGACCUUGCCUAG